UAGCCCUGUCUCCAUUCAGGCGGGGGUAGAUGCCAAGGACAGCGACACUACAGCAGCACUGUUCCAAGGCUACGCUCCCACUGUCGCCAUCAUGAAGCUGCUUGCGAUGGUUGUUCUGCUCGUCACUGUCUGUAGCCUGGAAGGGGCUUUGGUUCGGAGACAGGCAGAGGAGCCGGGUCUGCAGAGCCUGUUCAGUCAGUAUUUUCAGACCAUGACUGACUAUGGCAAGGACUUGAUGGAGAAGGCCAAGAGCACGGAGAUCCAGACCCAAGCCAAGGCUUACUUUGAAAAGACACAUGAGCAGCUGACACCCCUGGUCAAGAAAGCCGGAGCAGAGCUGAUGAACUUCUUCAGCAACUUUAUGAACUUUGAGAAACCAGCUCCUGCUGCUAAGUGAGGUGUGGGGCACCCGUCUUCCUACCCCAGCUCCCCACUGCCCUAGAACCCUCUCCUGCCCGCUGGCCUACCCUAAAGCCCCCACCCUACCUUCUACCCGUGUUGUACAAUAAAUGCGGAAGGAAUCAAA